UCAGUUUUUUCAGUUUCAUACCAUGAACUGUAUAAAAUAUAUUACAUAUCUUUUGGUUUCAGUAGAUAGCAUUUAUUCCAGCUGUGCCGUUCGAUCAGCCAAGCUAUCGAGCAGACGAUAUUCCAUUCUAUGGUUGUAAAUAAAAAUUAAUCAUGUUCCACAAAGUUUGUCGCACUCUAUUUAAAAAAUUUUUACUUUUAAAUAAUGGGCAUACUUUGUAUUUGAAGAGGAUAAAUGUCACACAUCAGCAUUUGUUAGAGCAGAGGGCUUAUUUUUCUCAGAUAUCAUAUAAUGAUAAAAGAUUUCAAAAGCACUUAAAUUAUAUUAAUGACUUACUCAUAGAAUCAAAUGGAGGUGUUCUGCCAAUUAAUGACUUUUAUCACGAUACUCGUUUAAUAAAUCAUGUUAUUCUUUUAAAGCAGGAAGUUGAAAGAUUGGAAUCAGAACUUCAUGAACUUAAUGCGUUAAUUUCUGAACUUACGAAACAAGAGGAUGAGCUACUUAACACUGCACUUUUAGAAAAGAAGGAUUUGGAGAAUAAAUUACAAUUGCUAAAAGAUGAAGUUGUUAAUUCCAUUGUUCCAGAUGAAAUCAUUGAUGAUAAAAAUUUAAUAAUGGAAUUAACAGCUGGUGUAGGAGGCCAAGAAGCUAUGCUUUUUGCAAAAGACAUGUUUGAAAUGUAUUGUCGUUAUGUUCAGUGGAAAGGCUGGGAUUUAGAAUUGUUGAAAUUUGAUGAAACUGGAUUAGGGGGCAUACGAGCUGCUCAUAUAGGCGUAAAUGGGAGUAAUGCCUUUAAAUUUUUAAAAUAUGAAUCUGGUGUUCAUAGAGUUCAAAGAGUGCCCAAAACAGAAAAAGCUGGUCGAAUACAUACAAGUACAAUGACAGUAGCUGUUUUGCCACAACCUUCUGAAAUUGAUGUUGUGAUAAAUCCAAGUGACAUUGAAAUGGAAUUCAAACGUUCUAGUGGUGCUGGAGGACAGCAUGUAAAUACAACUGAUAGCUGUGUUAGAAUACUUCAUAAACCUUCAGGCAUUGUAGCUGAAAGUCAAAUGGAACGCAACCAGCAUAAAAAUAGAGAAUUAGCCAUGAAGUCGCUCAGAGCAAAACUAUACGAAAGGAAAUUGGAAACAAUUAUCAAAGAAACUAAAACAGCAAGAAAGUUGCAGAUUGGAAGUGCAGCAAGAUCUGAAAAAGUUAGGACUUACAAUUUUCCUCAGGACCGAAUAACUGAUCAUCGUGCACAUAUAAACAUUUACCAUGUGGAAUCAUUCUUAAGAGGUGAAGAAAAUUUAGACAGUUUAUUAAAUAUGUUACAAGACUGGAGUAGAAAACAAUCUUUAUUUGAAAUAUUGAAUAAAUAUGAUUCAACAUAAAA